AUGAUCGCUUCCGAUCUCCACCUCACAUCAAGCGUCAACUUCAGCAACAAGAUGCUGCAACGUGGGGUGGUGCGCGUCGCGCGCGGCUUGCGUUCGUCUUCAGCUCGCACUUCGGCGUCCAAGUAUUUCAGCAAUAGCGCACAAUUCAGCUCGGGUCGUUCCCGGUUUGCGGCUUCCGUUUCCGCCUCUCCGCUCCUCCCCAGUGCUGGUCUCGUAGCCGCCGCUACUGUCAGUACCAGUGCCGCCUGCGCCUUCUGCUCUGCUCCCGCCGUGGAGUCUCGUGCCGUGCCGAAACAUGGUGGAGCACUACCCAACGUGGUUCUAUACCAGUACGAACCAUGUCCGUAUUGCUGCAAGGUGAAGGCCGUAUUGGACUACCUUAAGAUCCCGUACGAGGUGGUGGAGGUGAAUCCGCUCACCAAGAAGGAAACCAAGGCUUUCACGGACUACCGCAAGGUACCGGUUGUCCGCAUCAACGAUGAAGUGGUCGUAGACUCCUCUGCUAUCAUUUCGCGACUACGGGAGCUCGUGGAAGUACCCAAGGACGCGCAGAGUGAGGAGGCCCUGAAGGAGGAGGAAGAGUGGCGUCAAUGGGUCGACAAGAAACUCAUCCUACUGACUCCGCCUAACAUUUACCGCACUGUACCGGAGGCUCUGCAGGCUUUCGACUAUUGCUUGACAGAAGGCAAGUUUACUCCCAUGGAACGCCGUAUGUCCAAGUACGCGGGUGCUGUGAUCAUGUACCUUAUCGCGAAGCGGUCCAAGAAGAAAUACAACAUCGACGACGAACGUGAAGCGCUCUACUCGGCACUGAACAGCUGGGUGGACGCUAUUGGUGACAAACAUCCGUUCCUCGGAGGUGACGAGCCCAACAUGGCCGAUCUCUCGGUCUUUGGUGUGUUGCGUGCCAUGCACGGCCUGGACACGUACAACGACAUGAUGCGUGAGACCAACAUCGAGCCCUGGUUCACGCGCAUGACGGCCAAGGUCGGACCCAGCUCACGUACAGCUAGCAACUAGAUGCAACAGAAAGAAAAUAACAAGGUUUGAGUUUGACGGACUACCUACUCUGUCCGCGGCACAU